GCGCCGGGCGCGGGGCCUGGAGCGGCGCGGCCCGUCCCUGCGGGCGCCGGGCGCGGGGCUGCGCGCUGCGGGACCCGCCAUGCGGGUGCUGGUGGGUGGUGGGACUGGCUUUGUGGGCAGAGCCCUGACCCAGUUGCUGCGGAGCCAUGGGCAUGAAGUGACCCACGUCUCUCGAGAGGGGGGCAAGGAUCGCAUUAGCUGGGAAGAGUUGUCCCACUCUGGACUACCUCUGUGCGAUGCCGUGGUGAAUUUGGCUGGUGAAAAUGUACUCAACCCUUUCCGAAGAUGGAGUGAUGCCUUCUGCAGGGAAGUCAUCAGCAGCCGGGUUGAGACCACCAAGACCUUGGCCAAAGCCAUUGCUGAUGCUGAACACCCACCCCGUGCUUGGGUCCUUGUCACCGGCGUAGGCUAUUACCGCCCUAGCCCCACAGCUGAGUAUACAGAAGACAGUCCGGGCGGGGAUUUCGACUUCUUCUCACGCCUGGUGAGCUCAUGGGAGGCUGCAGCUCUCAUUCCUGGUAGCCCAGCUCGUGGUGUUGUGGUGAGAUCUGGGGUGGUGUUGGGCCAAGGUGGUGGUGCAAUCUCUCAGAUGCUCUUGCCAUUCCGUCUGGGACUAGGAGGCCCCUUGGGCUCUGGGCUCCAGCCCUUCCCAUGGAUCCACAUUCGGGACUUGGCUGGGAUCGUGUGUCAUGCCCUGGAGACUGAGUGCGUGCAAGGCAUCCUCAACGGUGUCUCCCCAUCCUCCUCUGCUACUUCCAACGGCACCUUUGCUCAGGAGUUUGCUGCAGCUCUAGGGCGCCCAGCCCUGCUGCCGGUUCCUGCUUGGGCGGUGCGGGCUGUCUUUGGGGCAGAGCGGGCCGUCAUGCUGCUGGAGGGCCAGAGGGUGGUGCCAAAACACACCCUGGAGAGCGGCUAUCAUUUCAUCUUCCCUGACCUGUCUGGAGCUCUGCAGGACAUUGUGGCUUGAGUACUUCUCAGCUGGGCUUGGUUGGGCCCUGUUUUUGCGAACUCCCAGGCUCACAUGCCUUCCCCUGGGUGAAAGAGUGUAGUCCUACCCCUUCUUGACACUUCCCGGUCCUCACACAGAGAGAGCAACCUUUUCACCUUCUGUCUCGCUUUGUGCAUCCCCAAUUUAGGAGUCAUCCCUCUCUAUCUGCUUUUGAGGAAGGGCACAAGUACCUCUAAGGAUUGUGACUUCUGAAUCUGCCAUCUUCCCUUUUCCGCAGCGUGCAUAUGAGCUGCUUGCAGAGCAGCUGGGGAGUGCAGUGUCUUCUCUCCUGAGAGACAAGGGUGGCAGCAGGAAAGAGGUGCUCAGGUGAUGUAAUUCUCCAUGUUACUGGAAGUCCCUGUUUCUCCCCAUGUCUUUCCUCCAUGGUCACAUAGAGACCCACUUAGGCUUUUCUGCUUUGCAUUUCUCAGUCUUGCAGGGAACGGAACCUGUGGUUGUGGGAGGAGAUACAUUCUGAGGGAGUGCAAAGGGUGCUGGAUAUGAAUGGCUUGGAGACUUUGCCAUCUCCUUUUAUGUGGUGGCUCUGUGCUGGUACUAAGUUCGUGUGACAGAACCUCCAGCUGAGUCUAGGGCCAAGAGUUGCAUCCCUCCAGGGCUGCAUAACUCUGAUGCUGUGAUGAAGGAGAAUACUCCUUUACCACCCUGUAGGGACAAGAGUGGCAGUGAGACUGUUGCCCCUUGGGCUGCUCUUGAGGCCUCGGGUGAGUGUUAACUACAUCUGAGUUUGUGUGGGGAAGCAUUUCAGCUGUUGGUGUGUGUGGGAGUUCCCACUGUUUGGGCAACGAGACGCUCCAGGCUGCCUUGGGAAGCAGUUCCUCUUUUCUUGUGGAGAAUAUUGCAAAUUCAAUUACGUCAUACUGUAAGGAAAUGUAUCCACAAUCUGUGAGCUGCUGCCACACUCUGGCUGCUGGUGCAGACGCGCUCACUCUUGCUGGUCCUUUCCAUAGCUGGAUUUGUAGACAUGAAGGUGGCUGUAGGAUGAGGCUCCACUGGCUCCAGGCCAGGGAUACCUGCUUCUGAUGUCAGUAGCUGGUAUCAAAUCCACUCAUGCAGGUCCCCCCAGUAGCUGGCACUUGGUCCCUGCAGCACACACAGGAUAGGGGGAGAUUUGGAAGAGGGAAUUAAAAAAAGAUUUAAGAAGAUAGGACAGACUGUGGUGUUUAAGUACAGACCUCAACAAGAUCACCACUGAUUGGCCCAGGUUUACACCAGACCAGCCUCUUUUGUACCCCUCUUAUCUCUGUCUCAUUGUGGCUCCCAGCUGCCCCAUCCCCUCCACAUUGCCUCCACAUCUGGCAUCUAACUCCAUCCAACAUCCUGGACACUCAGGUUUGCACCCUUAGUUCAUCAAUUAGUGUGACUGAUGAUGUUUGUUUCUGGUUAUUGUCUUUGUUAAUGCUAAUUGGUGAGGCUUUAUGACUCUGUGUGUGUUCCUCCCUUUCCUGAGCUUCUCAACUGUAAAAAUAAAUAUUCUCAAUCUUGA